CUUGGGAAAUCUUCUUUGCGAUGCAGCUUUUCAAGGAAGGAAAGGGAGGAUUUUCGCCCAAAUCUUCUUCCCUGGCUGGAAAACUGUUCCGUAUCUACUCUUCAUCAAAGGAAUUGAGUUCUACAGCGAACGAAAGUCUCGCCCAAACCUUUUUCUGAAUUUUUGAACAAUUCAAGAUCUAGGUUUGUUUCCAAAAUUCUUAAGCAAUUUCUAUUCAAUUUCGAGAUUUUCGGCAUGUCGAUUUCCCCAAUUCUUCAUCAAUUACGCCCCUCUUCUUCCCCAAAGGCGACAAAUUGUAGUUCUUCAACCUGCAGUAGCAACCGGCCGAAACCAACCCGCAGCACCAACCGGCUGAAACAGGAAAUGCUUUUAUGUGAUGCAGAUUUUAUUCUUGUGAUAUAUUAGGAUUAUCUUCCCACAUUUAUCUCCAUUUCUGGGUACUUAUUGGGGUGUAAAGAACAAAAAGCACAUGAGUUUGGCAUUCAUAUGUAUAAAUGCUUAUUUGAAGAAUUUGCGGAUAGCAGCUAUUCAAGACAGGAACUUUUAGGAGCACUUGUCACUCAUGUGGGCUCUGGCAUUAGUCAUGAAGUGAGCACUGGGUUGGAAGCCAUGGCACUUCUCGCCUCCAAGUAUUCCCAUGAGUUGAUUCCUCUUUCUUCUUACAUAAUGGGUAUAUUGGAUUACCCUGAAGGAUUUAGCCUUGAAAAUUUGCACAAGGUUGUAACUGCAGUUUUAUGCCUUUUUAACCAUGUGAUAAAGCAAAUGAUAAGAAUUUUUUUAUUAUGGUAGCACUUUUUUUCAGGUAUAUGAAGCUUUCAGCCAUCUUGCACCCAUUAAUCAAUUGAUUUGCGUUGUGAUUCAACUAUGUGUUUGAGUUGAAAAUAGAAAUUAUACGAAGGCCUUGCGGGUAUGAUGCCCGGUGGCUAGGGUUAAAACGUACGUACGGGAUCCAAGAACCAAACUUGAGUACCUACUCGUUUGGGGGUACCACCCACCCAACAGUGAACACUACGCUGUCGGUUUUUGGUUGGCCUUAAGUGAAGGUAAGUUUAAGAUUUCCAAAACCCUUUUAUCUUAAACUAGGCCUAGCUUAAGGAUUAUUA